AUUUACGGGGUUGACUACAUUGCAGAGAAGCCGUUCCUGUCAUUGGUGCAUAUAUUCUGGCUCUGUUAGGAAAAUCUUUCUUCUCUGUCUCUCUCUCUACCGAAGUCGGCACGAAAGAAGUACAGAGUAGGAGACGGAGAUCCAGGUCGGGAGAAGAAGGAGGUAGAGUUGGGCGAGAAUAGUGAUUCGUAAUAUAUAUAGCAGAAGUGAGAAUGUCACCUGCGGAGCCCUCUCGUGAGGAUAAUGUUUACUUGGCCAAGCUCUCUGAGCAGGCUGAGCGAUAUGAAGAGAUGGUUGAUUUUAUGGAGAAAGUGGCUAAAACAGUUGAUGAGGAGGAGCUAACUGUGGAAGAACGCAAUCUUCUAUCUGUUGCAUAUAAAAAUGUGAUUGGUGCUCGUCGUGCCUCAUGGAGGAUUAUCUCUUCCAUUGAGCAGAAGGAAGAGAGCCGUGGGAAUGAGGAUCAUGUGGCUUUGAUCAAGGAGUAUCGUGGCAAGAUCGAGCAUGAGCUCAGCAAGAUCUGUGAUGGGAUCUUAAAGCUGCUUGAUUCUAAUCUCAUUCCUUCUGCGAAGGCAGCUGAAUCAAAAGUGUUCUAUCUCAAGAUGAAGGGUGAUUAUCACAGGUAUCUAGCGGAGUUCAAGACUGGAGCAGAGAGGAAGGAAGCUGCUGAGAACACACUUUUAGCUUAUAAAUCUGCUCAGGACAUUGCAUUGAUCGAUCUAGCCCCAACUCAUCCAAUAAGACUGGGGUUGGCGCUGAACUUCUCAGUUUUCUAUUAUGAAAUUUUGAAUUCUCCAGACCGUGCUUGCAAUCUAGCAAAGCAGGCCUUUGAUGAGGCUAUAUCCGAGCUGGACACAUUGGGCGAGGAGUCGUACAAGGACAGCACAUUGAUCAUGCAGCUCCUCAGAGACAACUUGACACUGUGGACCUCUGAUAUAAAUGAGGACACUGGAGAUGAGCUCAAAGAUGCCCCAAAAGUUGAAUCAGCUGAGCCCUAGUUUUCAGGGGACUUGGUAUUUAUGUUGCAUUCAAAAGCCAUAUAUUUUAAAGAACUCUGUCGUGUGGCAAAGUUACUUCAUUUUUCAUUGGAUGUUUAAUUUAUUUAUCAUUGGUGGGGUUCUGCUUCUUGUAAUAUAGCUAUCAUUGUGAUUUGUUUGUGUUGCAGAUAAUUGAAGCUUUAAGAUCUAUAUAUGAUAUUUAUGUUGGUUCUUGUCGUAAA